CAGAGGACUGCAGAGGCGAGCUUAUGACGUCAUCUUUCAGCGACGGAAAGGCGUAUAGUCGGCUGGUCGAUAUGGCUGGUAUGAUGAGAAAGACCACAGGCUUAGUGGGCCUUGCUGUUUCGCUGAACCCACAUGAGCGUCUUAGGAUUUUGUACACCAAGAUUUUGGGCUGCAUCCAGGCCAUGCCUCAGGAGGCAGCCUACAGGAAGUACACUGAGCAGCUAAUAACUGAGCGACUCAACCAUGUGAAAUCGGAACCUGAUGUAGAGAAACUUGAAAGGAAAAUUAACUGUGGUCAGAUUGAAGAGGUCAUCGCACAAGCAGAGACGGAGCUCACCUUAUCCAGAAAAAUGGCAGAAUGGAAACCAUGGGAACCACUGAUCGAAGAAGCCCCUGCAAACCAAUGGAAGUGGCCAAUCUAAACUUGCAUUGUGGCUUCAUGCUAAACAAAAAUUUGAGCUUUCAAUGGGCUUUUUGUUGAUUUCAGGUUUAUUUGUUUGACAAUGAUUAAUAAAUAUUGUACAUUAA